UCGAGGAGGGCUCAGCUUAUACGUUCAGGACUUUCAUGGGCGCGGAAAUUGCCGCAACUGCGAUCUCGAGCAGCGCGGUCGUGCAGCGUCCAUGCGAGUGUCGCGCGCUGUGCCGGCAAGCAUGCGUCGCGGUAGCCAUCAGGCGUCAGCCACCACGCCACUUCCACUGCUCCUUCACUGAAAAAAACGUCGCAGAAAACCUCACGGUCCUUACGGUCCCAGCUCUUGACAGCAGGAUUUUCUACAAACGCCAGGGAUGCCGGGUCAACUUCACGCUCGUGAACAACGUGGGCUGCAUUUACGUCUCCACCGUCGCACUGAACUUCACCGCCGCCGCCGCGUCCUGUCCCUUCGACUCCCAACUCUUCACCGCCAACUUCCUCAUCGACUUCGACGCUAUGCGGGAAUACCUCCUGAAGAAUCCCCCAUCAUCCCUCAAAUUUCUGUGGAUUGGCCUGCAACGUACAUCAGAUCACGCCACUUGGAAAUGGCUUGGAAGCGGAACCAUCGCAGCAGUUCACCCAUCGCCCUACUGGGGUCCAGUAGAUCCGAAUCAGAAUUCGGAUUGAGCGGGACUGUUUCUAGAUCGAACCAAUUACUUCUACCACGUGACCGAUUCCGCGUGCAAAAAUAAGGCCGCGUAUCUGUGUAAGCAAAAUUGAGUGCAGUAGUUUGAUUUUUCUCGCCUAUGGGAAAUCUUUAGUUGCUCAUCUUUCUUUGCAAAUUUGAUUUAUCGAUGAAUAAAAUCAUACAAGUUACGCUGUAAAUGAUACUUAUGUUACGAAGCCAGCGAAGCGAAAAACAGAACUGAAGUGUUCUGUGUAAUUUUCCGUAUUCCUGGAAUUUAUCGAUUGGAAAUUUAUUCAAAUUUUAACGACAACAAAUUCUGGUUGCCUCUAAGGAAUUAGUUGUUUCGUCGCACAAGCAAAGUUUUUAAUCACGGUGACAGUUUAGGAAGUUCUUGAUAAAUUCCUUAUCUUUCCAGAAGUUCAGUUACACUUUGAAGAAUUUAACUAGCGAAAUCUCGGCCGCUAAAAUAAGUGCAAGAGAGAUUUGUGCUGCCACUGCUUGUUUUUUCAUAAAACAUUUUUACUUCGCCGCACGUUUUCAUCUUCACCGCCUUUCAAUUACUUUAUCCUCCGGUUGUUAACCGCGAUUUCACUUCAAUUGACAAGGAAUUUCCUAAAAUUUAGGCCGUUGAAUAAUCUUCAGAACCGUGUUAUUAAUUAACUCGUUCACAUGAACUGAAUGAAAAUUGGUUGUGCUAUCGUUAUCCACUUUGAAUCUGUAGGGGUUUACUUAUAUAACAGUGAUUUGUGGUAUAUUGAAAGUGGAAUAAUUGGUAGAUCUUUAAGUAAUCUAAUUUAUUGUUAACACAUAUGAUCCCUCAAGGUUUCGUACGAUCAUUCGUUAGAUCAGUGGUUUUCAUGCUGGCGUUAAAUUUUCCCCUGGGGAAAAAUUUUGAAAUUUUCCGUAUGUUAUUCAGGGUUGACAUUCCAUAAAUCAUUCUAUAUCAAUAUUGACAGCUAUUGAAAAAAUUGGUUACGUACCUAUUGUGGCAUAAUAAAUUUGGUAACUCGAGGAAAAAAUUAGGGAAACAAUGCACUGGAAAAAAGUUCAAAAUUCUUGAAGGAGUUGCUCAAGAAGCGGCUGGACCAACCUCACAAUCGUCAUUAUUCACGAUAAGUAUUAUGUAACAUAUUAGAAGUCAGCUUCGAUAUUUGCGCGAAUAUUAUUUAAAUUUAAUGCAAUUUUACCUUGUAAAAGUUUGAUUACUAUUCAUUUCACUUUUGUGUUCAUUGUACAUGAAUAUGUAUGCUGAAUUGACUAUUGUCAUUAUAAACAAAUAGUCUGUAAUGCCAGAUAAUAUAUGAAUUUCAAUCGCUUUAUAUUUAUCAAACUUCCACUCAAACUUCGAAUGAUAAAAAUUAAAUCACACUUUUGAAUUAUUUUUCUCAGUCCCAGUUUUGAUCGCUGAAUUAUAUUAGAAGCCAAAUGUUAGCAUUUAAACCAUGUCCCAUCAUUGAGCUUCUAAAUAAAAUGGUUAAAAAUCUUUGUGCGUAAAGGGGCCAAUCGUGAUAUUACGGAGAUAAUUCAUCUCAAAUUUGAUUGCAGAUCAUAAAUUAGUAGUUUAAUCUUUAGAUUUCGGUCUUUCACGCUCUUCGCUGAAUGAUUCUGAAUCAAAGCUACAGCGCACUCGUUUUAA